AAACAAAUUUUCAAAACUGAGAUUGUUGUUUCCACCUCAUAACAAAAUAAGGAAGCACUCCUGAGUCGUCCAAUCUUAGUUCUAGUACUUUACUCUGUGUGUUGGCAGGUGGAGAGAUAAUUUUUUUUCAAAUUUAAAAUUGGAGCACGUAUUUUCAAUUAUUCCCUUUAUGAUAUCUCAUCACGAUUUCAAUAUAGAUAUUUCAUUUGGUCAAAUUGGUGUCUUAGUUUUGUCAACUUGGACUCGCUUAUUGGGAGAUUUUGAUUUAAACACUAGGCCUAUUUUAUUUCUACUAUACAUAUCAUUUUUACUCAGUAUAACUGUAUAGGGUUUCGGAAACAAGCCAAUGCUUAUCGUCGCUUAUUUUGAUUGUUGCUGACAGAUUGAAAUAGGUCUGGACAUAAGUACAGUCAAAUAAACUAAUUUCGGGGAAACCUAUUAUUCGUGGAUUCCCGGAAAUGAUUAAUAAUUUACAUGAGCGACCUUGCGCGACCUCCGCAUUAGUUUGUUUUAAUAAACAUGGGUUUUCUGUACAAUAUCAGCUAGUAGAAUGAAUCCAGUACUUUCAAGCAAGACUUUAGGCAUGGCUGAAGAAAGUAUGUUAAGUGAAUAUGAAGAAUUAUUUAAAUCAAGAUAUACAGAGGAUGAUCCUGAUUAUAAAGCAACUAUUGAUAAAUCACUAGAUUCACCACCAUGUCUUCAAGAUUGGUUUGUGAAACGCAACGACUGGCAUCAGAACAGAAAUGAUAACAGAAAUCGGGAUGGUGGUUACAGAGGAUAUGAUAAUAGGAACAGAGGUGGUUAUAGAGGAGGAUUCAGAGAUAAUAGAGAAGGCUCUAGAGGUGGACAUAGAGAUAACAGGGGAUAUGAUAACAGAAGGUAUAAUGAUAACAGGGGAUAUGGUGACACAAAUCGAGGGUAUGAUGACCGAUCCUAUAAUCGCAGAUAGUGUUGAUUCUUAAUGAAAUGUUCGAAUUGAAUCAUUGCUGUGUUGACUAGUCAAUCUAACUGCAAAUAUUGGCACUAUAACUGAUCCAGUUGCUCUAGAUAUUUCCAUAUUUUGACAUAAAUAUCAAGUAAGAUUUUGUGUUUAAAUGUAAGUAGGUAAAUUAUAAAGUACUGAAAUGGUGUGAUAUUCAAUGCACAUAAUAUGGAAGAAAAUUUAAUUGCUUCAUACAUUUAGUGGAAUAUAGAAGAGAUUGUCAACUAUGUGUUAUGUUGGGAGACUUUAUUCAGCAUUUUUCAUUUUUGACUUCAUAUAAAUUUAUUGAACCAAAAUUUGUGGUCAAAAACUGAAGCAAAAUGUUUACAUGAGUGUUCAGAGCUCAUUGCAAUGCAAAACAUCUUGUUCAAUGCCUUAAAACCUGAAGGAAUUCAAUCCAAUAUAUUCACAAAAGAAACAAGAAAAUAAUUUUUAUAAGUUUAUAUAUUUUAACUGCAGACAAAGAUUGACAAUACAAUAUUGCACACUUUAUAUUGAAGCAAAAAUGUGAUGGCAAAAAUAACAAAAAAAAAUCUGAAAAACAAAAUUUAUAAUUUUCAUUCCUUAAUUGGCUUUACUUCAUAUUAAUAGCCAAUUUCUAAUAUUUGAAUUGAAAUUAAUGAAAAUCUUAUGAUUGAUUUAAUACUAUACCUUCUUAUUGUUAUCAAUAAAUGUAAUUGUUAUUAUGAAAUAUUAAUUGGUCUUAUUAUUACAUACACCUUCAAGGUCCAAUUCUAAAGGCCACAGCUUUUUAGUCCAAUAGGCUGAUUUUCUUCAAGUUUUUCUGAAGAAAGCAUCUUGUUAUUUGCUUUGAGCUACUAAGCUGUAAAUUUUAAAAUUGGAAUUGUUGGCUAAAUGGAUGAUGAAAAAUGUAAUAGAAUAACAAGGGUAACAAUUGAAAGACUUGAAACAUUUCAAAUGAGCUCUAAAAGCUGUCCAAAUUGGCCAUUGUUUAAAUAGAUACAAAAUUCAUGCACAUGCUUCAAAUUCUUCAUAAUUUAUCACUUCAAAGUAAGAAUAGAAAACAAAUUGCAUAAAAAUUGUGAUGUAAUAUAGAAGAAAUAUAACUAUCUGUGAACAAGACCUGUGUAUCAAGGUUUUGUGUUUAAAAGCAUUAUGCUUGAGUGAAAUACAAGUCUUGUUUACCUUACAGUUAUAAUUUUUAAAAUAACAGCACUAAUGAUAAUAACAUUUACAUUAACAAUAAUUUACGUACAAUUAUUUGAUGUUAACAAAUUCCAUACAACUUAAGAUUUGGAUUUGAGCAAAUCAGAAGUUUAUGGAUUUAGUUAAAUGUCUCAACUAUUUCUCUAUAAAUACAAACAACUUGUGUAAAACCAUUAACCAAUGACUAGAAAUUAAC